AUGUUACAUUCAAUAACAUGGUGUCUCAGACGUUUACAUGAAGAAAAUUUAGUUCAUCGUGAUCUUCAUAGUGGAAAUAUUUUAAAUAUUUUGAAAAAACCUGAUGUCAAUCUUAAUAGUUUUGAC